AUGUUUAAGUACUCUACUCAAGUGUUUUUCUUUCAAGCAGUUGAAUUGUGGCUAGUUGACAAGGUAGUCUUACCUAUCGAGAACUCUGUAGGUGGAAGCAUCCACCAUAACUAUGACUUGCUUCUUCGUCAUAGAUUGCAUAUAGUGGAGGAGGUGCAAUUACAAGUUCAUCACUGUUUACUGGGUUUGCCUGGCACAAGAAAUGAGGAUAUUAAACGGGUUUUGAGCCACCCACAGGCUCUGGCUCAAUGUGAGAUGACACUAAUGGAGUUAGGUGUCGUCAGAAUAGAUACUGAAGACACUGCGGGGGCGGCUCAGAUUGUCGCCUCAAAAGGUGUAAGAGAAGCUGGAGCUGUUGCAAGUUCAAGAGAAGCAGAGAUUUAUGGACUCGACAUUCUCGCCGAAAAAAUCCAGGAUGAUGAUGAUAACAUUACCCGUUUCCUUAUACUUGCUAGAGAGCCUAUCAUCCCAGGAACUGACAGACCCUUUAAGACAAGCAUUGUUUUCACUCUCAAAGAAGGUCCUGGUGUACUAUUUAAAGCCCUUGCAGUUUUUGCUCUUAGGGACAUUAAUUUGACAAAGGUAAGUUUUACUGUGGUUGAUUUUGGCCUUUGA